AUGACCGCCCUCGUUUCCGUCGCCCCCGAGUUCGAAGCGGCGAACCAGCAGUAUGCGGAGAGCUUCACGGGGGCCGAUUUGCCUUCUCCGCCAAGCCGGAAGGUGCUAGUCGUGACAUGCAUGGACUCCAGAUUAGAUCCCGCUAAGGCUCUGGGGCUGGAACUCGGGGAUGCCCACGUGAUCCGAAACGCCGGCGGCCGUGCCGUAGAGGCCAUGAGGUCAAUCUUGAUUUCGCAGCAAAUGCUCGGAACACGCGAAAUCAUCGUCCUCCACCACACCGGAUGUGGAAUGCAAAAGUUCUCCGACUCGGAAUUCCGAACAAAGGUCCGCAAGGAACUCAACGAGGACGUCGACCACAUGUCCUUCCUACCAUUUUCCGACUUGAGGCAAAGCGUCCUCGAUGAUGUUCAGCUAUUGAAGAAAAGCCCGCUGGUUUUGAAUGUGCCGAUCACAGGGUAUAUAUAUGAUGUAAAGACGGGCAAGAUCGAGCAAGUUUAG